UACAGUGUUCAGGAGAACUGUACAGGCAGCUGUGGGUACUGGUUUAGCAUUGUGCUGACCCUCACAUGAUCUUCUAAUUUAACCCAGGUUUAGCAAUGUGAAAAAAGUGCCCAAAGAAAUCUGCUGAGUAAAGACUUCUCUGGUAUGUGCGUCCAACUGAGGCAGAAUAGAGGCCGUGCUGUCAGUCGCACAUCUUGUCCAUUGGUCUGUAUGAAGACAGACAGUAGCUCUGCAGAGAAACAUGAAAACAAACAAUACCAUCCAAGCGGCCAUUGACCUGACGGCUGGUGCUGCAGGGGGAACAGCAUGUGUCCUGACUGGUCAGCCAUUUGAUACGGCCAAGGUGAAAAUGCAGACGUUCCCUAAUCUGUAUAGAGGCCUUACAGACUGUGCAGUGAAAACAUACAAUCAAGUGGGGUUCCGGGGCUUCUACAAAGGGACCAGCCCAGCGCUUCUGGCAAAUAUAUCUGAGAACUCAGUACUCUUCAUGAGCUAUGGCUUCUGUCAGAGGAUCGUGAGAAAGAUCACAGGCUUAGAAAAGAAUGCUCCUCUAAGUGAUCUGCACAACGCAGCUGCUGGCUCAUUUGCGGCAGCGUUUGCCUCAUUGGCCCUAUGUCCCACGGAACUGGUAAAGUGUCGUCUUCAGGCCAUGCAUGAGAUGAAGCUCUCCGGCAAGAUUAUAGAAGGCCAAAAUACGGUGUAUACAGUGGUAAAGCAUAUUCUGCACACAGAUGGGCCGAUGGGUCUUUACCAUGGAUUGUCUAGCACCCUGCUAAGGGAGGUUCCAGGCUACUUCUUCUUCUUUGGGGGCUAUGAAAUGAGUCGCUCAUUUUUUACAAAGGGUGGAAAAAGUAAAGAUGACUUAGGGAUUGUUACCCUGAUGGUAAGUGGAGGAUUUGGAGGGAUCUCGUUGUGGCUGGUUGUAUUUCCAGUGGAUUGUGUUAAAUCUCGAAUCCAAGUCCUCUCCAUGACAGGAAAACAAGCAGGGUUCAUAAGGACAUUUGCAAGCAUUUUAAGGAAUGAAGGUGUCCUUGCCCUGUACUCUGGACUGAAGCCCACCUUAAUCAGAGCAUUCCCAGCCAACGGAGCCCUCUUUGUAGCAUAUGAAUACAGCAGGAAAUUGAUAAUGCAGCAGUUUGAUGUCUAACACCAGCUGCUAACAGAGCUGUAAGACCAAUUACCAACUGAAGAGGGGAACAUUUUACAGGGUGUCUCAUUGUUAUCCAUUGGCGUCCCGAAAGCCUCUCUUCUCAGUAUUCUCAGGAUAGCAACAGCACCAGUGCCAGAUCCUGUUGUGAACUUUUCAUAUAACACGUUAUCAUAAAACCAGAUCUGGUGCUAUUACAGAAUGUUAGACACCUCCUGUCUUUGUAGAUGUUUGUUUUAUGCAAUUGCCAUAAUAUGAUGGUAUUUUAUAAAUAAACAUUUCUAUUAUUUUAUUUAAA